AUGAUUGCCGACAUCCUGAAGGGAGAACUUGAAGAAUCGAAUUCAGAAAGUGAUACCAGCUCCGUAGGCUCAGAAAGCUCUUCGCAGCGGAUUAGAAAUUGUUACCGAUACAACCGGAAGGAUAACUGCUUAACUUGUCAAAUUUGCGCCCGUUGUCUCAGCCCUAUCCUAGGACCGAGAAGAAAGUCCAAAAUUUGUGAGCUUUGUACCGCUAAGAUGACAUUUGGUAUCUCAAAUGAGUUCAGCGAUCAGAGACUGGAUAAUGGAAAACCAACCGAAACAACGUUUGAUAAGGACUACUGGCGUAUGCUUAAGAAACCCGUUGUGUUUCUUCCAAAGACCAGAAAUGCGAAAACAAUUCUUACAAAUGAAAAGCGUCUGUGGUCUUUGGUGACCACCAAUUCUGUAUGUUUGCCCAACCCGCCUCCAAAUGUCUUUCCGUUUGGCGAUGGAGUUGUCAAUGCAGACGUCCCUGUUAACGAGUAUGCAAAAUUUUGCAAAUAG